GGUUGUAUAUCCUUGCGUGACUGGACAAAUUUUGGGUGUGUGAAAGAUGAAAUAGAUGAUAUAGUCAAUGGAGGAAGCACUGUAGUGGCAGGGAGAGGGAGGAGGAUUCAGCCAUUUGGGACACUCCCUCACUACAUCUUAUGAAGAGAAGGAAGUCUCAUAUUCAGAUUACAGUCAGUGCAAAAGGCCAGAGGCUGUCAUUGCUGUACUUCUGUUUUAACACUCAAUGCCUGCAGGUGUGGCUGGUGUGUGGUUUUGGUCAAGGAAUUGCUCUAAAAAAAAAAUCCAUAGGUGAAUUCAUUUUCCUCAGAAGGACACUUCAGGAAGCAUGAACAGUUUACACUGUGGAUUACAACCCAAAGGCAAAGGAAAGCUGGUGAGAACUUGUCCAUCUACAAAAUAUCUCUGAUUUCUUUGGAUGUGAUUUCUUACUUUGGAGUUCAUUGGAUUAAGCUGUAACUCGUCUGGAGAAAGGGCAGGUGUUGCAUUUCACUGUGGACUCUUUGAAGACUUUCUGGUGCGUCAUUAGAGCUGCUUUAUUUAUUUACUGUACCCUUACACAUUAACUUCCCAUUUUGCCUUAGUCUUUACUCAGCACCUGCUCUUUACUUAGCUUUAUUCUGGCUCUUCUAAAGUCGCACUUCAAAGGAGUGGAAAGUCUUAAGAAACUGUUUGGUUUCCUAUAAGUUGCUUCUGCGCUGCCAGAACUUAUUGCUCCUGCUGUGGUGUGUUUCAUCGUCACGCUCCAUAAGUAAACAGAAGAUAUUGCAUGAGACAGAGAGGAACUCAGGUUUGUUUUGGAGCUAAGUCAAGAGAAAGGACACACACACAAGAGGGUAGAAAAGAUAAGUUGAUGGGGGGGAAAUAACUUUGAUCACUCUUGAAGAACUUACAGGAGGACUGUUACACUUGAACACAGGUGAAUGAAAUCAAGGACAGCUUGUCUUGCUGAGACAUUUCAACAGCCUUGUGGGCUGAAGCUGGCCAGAGCAAAGUAAGUUUGAGUAUUUUCAAGAGUCUAAACUUUAGCAGGAGGUUAACUUAAACACGGAUGGAUAACCAGGCCAUUAUCCAGGACAGUAUAGUUGCAGGAAGAUGGGAGCCCCUGGUCCACUAUAUGUCCCCACAGCAUGGCAGAAGGAGGACAGCUAGCUGUGGGAACAGAAUCGCAGGUGGACGGUGGCUCUCCAUAUUGACCAUCAUUCUCCCUCUAUGCAUGUUUGUGUGUGUCUGUGGGCAAAUGGAGGGGAUGGUGCACUCAAGCUUCCGCAGACUAAGUGGCCGUGAGAAGAAGGAGAUGCAAAAGGAGAUUUUGUCCAUCCUGGGACUCCCGGGACGGCCUCGUCCACACCCGCCUCUGCGUCCUCCCUCGUCUGCUCCACUCUUCAUGCUGGACCUGUACCAUGCUGUGUCAGCCGAGGGGGAUGAGGGCCUAGGUGUGGGCUUCAUCCCUGAAAGUGUCAGUCAUGCUGCAUUACCUACCCUAAGCACACACACACCACCACUUGGCACCGUGGUCAGUGAGGCAGACACCGUCAUGAGCUUCGUUAACUUGGUGGAGCAUGAAAGGGAUCUACUCCAGCCGCGGCCCUACUGGAAGGAGUUUCGUUUUGAUCUGACGCCACUUCCCCAAGGAGAGACAGUCACUGCUGCAGAGUUCCGCAUCUAUAAAAGCCUGACUGUGGGUCAGAAAGCUAACCGUACCCUCCACAUCUCUGUUUAUGAGAUCCAGAGGGAAAAAAGACACAGGGAGCCUGAGCUAGUCUUACUGGACAUGCAGUCAGUUCCAGCAGGGCAGGAGGGCUGGCUGGCCUUCGAUGUAACAUCUGCCAGCAACCACUGGCUCCUGCAACCACGAAGCAACCUCGGCAUCCGGCUGUACGUGGAAAUGGAAGAUGACCGCUCAUUAUCUGCCGGCUGGGUGGGUCUGGUGGGCCGCAGAGGGCCACGUUCCAAACAGCCUUUCAUGGUGACAUUCUUCAGAGCCAGCCAGGCCCCCUGCCGCCCACCUCGUGCUCUCAGACACAACACCCAGCGCAGGAAAAAACACAAAAACGAUCUGCCUCACCCAAACAGACCGGGUUUAUUUGACCAAACUCCUGUGAGUAAUGGGCGACAGGCCUGUAAAAAGCACGAGUUAUAUGUCAGCUUCAGUGACCUGGGUUGGAAGGAUUGGGUUUUGGCUCCUCCAGGUUACUCAGCAUAUUAUUGCGAUGGGGAAUGUGACUAUCCUCUUGGUUCCUGUAUGAACGCUACUAAUCAUGCCUUGAUCCAGCUUGUGGUUCACCUUAUAAAACCUGACGAGGUCCCGAAGGCCUGCUGUGCACCAACCAAACUCAGCCCCAUCUCUGUUCUCUUCUACGAUGACAACAACAAUGUAAUACUCAAGAAACAUCGAAACAUGGUGGUUAAGACUUGUGGCUGCCUAUAAACAUGUGUCUCUGUCUUAUUUAGUGGUGCCAGUCUGCCACUGUCCACCUACUGCACUAUUUCUAACAAACAAAAUUAUUGUUUCAAAUGGAUAUAUAUAUAUAUAUAUAUAUAUAUA